AAUGCCCUGCCUAGAAAGUGUGGGGAAGGGUGACGCAGGCGUUGUCUCCCUUGUGUGAAGCGGUCUCAUAAAACGCCAGUCAUACACGUCACAGGGUUUAUAAACAAGUCUCCUCCUCUUUGAGCUCAUUCCCGGAUUUGUACAGAGGUCUGAUGCUUUUUCAAUGAAGAUCGGGCGCCAAGGACUUCCAAGUAUUUGAAGACAAAUAGCAAAAAACAUUUUUUCCUAUCCAAGUAAUGGACAUUUGAUUACUAUUUUUGGCCUUCACAUUUUGUUCCUGAAGAAAAGGCUUGCCUUUAUCACAAACCCGCCCAUACAAUAGCCAAAGCCAUUUUUUUUAAAAAUAUUUGCCUGCUAAUGUUUUGGCUAGCUAGCUACCUUACCAUGAAUUUGCCAUCUUAAACUUGAAACAGAUCUGUUGCCUUAAGGCAUUCAUUAUACCAGACGCUGAGUGGAGAUAUUAAUAGUAAGUGUCGAUUUUCCAAGAAAUUUGAAGCCGAACGUAUCACUCCAGUCUUUCAGCUAACUGCUAAGGACAUGUAGCUACUUUGCUAACGGGUUAGCUAUAUAUAUUUUUAUUAUUUAAUGUAGCUACAAAUGAAACGAGUAGUAACAAUCUAGCUAGGUAACGUAAUGUAUGAGCUCACACACUUAAGACCUCGGCGCUGGCCACGUUUACGUUAAAGCUCGUCGUCUUUGUGUGUGAGACGGGUUACCAGAGUAAUAGCGAAAUGAAUGAGCUAGCUAAGUUAUUGCUAUAAGCAAUCUGUACAUAAAGAUUGCCAUAUAGAAAGCAGGAAAUAGUAUUUUUUUUUAUUGAAAGCGCAUUUUUUUCUUAGGCUCUGGGGAGCUUAAUGGAACGAACUGCCCGAGCAAUCUAUACAUAAAGAUUGCAUUACAUGAAGAACCUAUGGAUCUUGAAAUUAAUAAGGAAUACUGACAUUUUAUGUUGUCGACUAACGUUACAGAUCUCGAAAGCUGGCAAGGAAGCGAACUAGUCAGCUAUCGUAGGACAAAUAAACGGUUUCCCUUGGAAUACUAUAAACUAAUCGGCAAUCUGUUGAUAAAGAUUGCACAGUUGUGUGUCCAUAUGGGAAUUCAACAACAGUGAAAUUGAUAAUGAUCGAUUAAAAUAGUCCAUUGUCAGAGCUACUAAAUAGCCACAAAAUGGCGGACAAGCUGUUGUUUUAUCCGAGAAAAGAAGAUGGCUAACCAUACUGAGGCAGCUAAACUGGCUAGUCUAUCAGUGAUGGCGGGAUUGUAUUUGUUUUCAGCAAACGAAACUGAUAGACCGAAACCUCGCGUUUGUAUUAUAUGCGCAACGCGUAGUUUUAAUGGAAUAGAAUGAGCGUGUUGGCAAUAUAGCCUGGCAAAUUAAUUCGGAUUUAUUUAUACACAUUGAGCGUUUGGAUUUUAAAUGUAAUACUUGCACCAAGGGGCGUAUGAAGGCCAGAGCGCUCGCCCCCUUAGCAUUAUCCCCAGCGUGGCGACUCGAGUGUUCUUUCAGUGGUAGACAUAGAGGGUGGGUUUCCAAGGUCUGACGUUACUUUUGGAGCAGUUUGAUAUUUUUUUAAAACCGCAGUAAUGUAACGUUGGUUAGUUAUCAUACAUGGCUACAUAUACUGAAAGCGCGAGAACUAUACAUUAUUGAGUGUCCUUUCGAAACUGUCGACGAUUUGAUAAUGAUCUUUUGGCACGAAAAGUUGGAAAACUAGUAGCUAUUUCGCAAUGUUGGCUUGCUUUUGAUAAAACAAUUCACUUGCAUAAAAAUAAAUGAAUGGGAGAUUUAAACGUCUUUUAAAGUGCGUCGCAGACAUAUAAACUUGGUAAACUAAUAAGAUGCAUAUAUGAUUGUCAUUCAUAUAUUGGAGCCUGUAAUUGUGUCAGAUCUGCUAUUUCACGUGUUCUGUACAGAAUUUAGAGGAAUUUAUCGGAAAAGUGGAAUGGAAACUUUAUUCAUUAAAGUUAAUUCAAUAGGUUAUAUUUUUCCAGUUCACAAACGUACCCGGCAAUGAAUGAUAAUUGCUAACAUGAACGGCAGUCUUCCAGCUGUGUGUAGUCUAUAUUUGAUAGCCAAAUUAAUGGGUUCUUAAAAUAUGUUACUCUACUGAUGAUGAGCCUGGCAAUUGAACGGAUAACUCUCCAUGCAAAAUUAUGUUUUCUGUCCAUCUUGCGCAUGUUUGUUGCACUCAGGUCUUUUGUCCCUGUGUUGUGUGGUGUCAGCUGCACUCCUGUCACUAAGCAACCAACCACAAAAGGCAUGUGUAUUUUAUGCAUAGGUUAUUAAGUUUGAAUAUAACAACAUUUGUUUACAUGAAACUCAUACAUUUAGUGCCAAGCUUUUUUCCUGCAUCCAGUUUUAAAAAUAGUACCUGCCAUUGUAAUCAGAAGUUACUAAAAGCAGGUUUUUAGGUAAGAAAUCUCAAGAAUUAAAACUCAUCAGUCAUAUCCCGUGUGAUUAAAACCCAUCAUAUUUUGCUCAGGACUCACAUCUUGCAGUCUCUCACAUCUGAUGUUGAUUGUACCCCCUAAGUUAAGUAAGCUUUAAACAAGGAAUGUGUUUCUCUUUAAAAAUUUCAAUUGCAGCUCAUGCUUGCCAUUACACAACAGUUCAUUUCAGCAAUGAUCAUAUGAUGUCCUCUUGUCUGACAUUUAAACAAUUUUGCAUAUAUGCAGUUUUGCAUAUCUAGUGAAGUUACUUUAGAAUGUGUGUUAUCUGUCAAAUUUAUACAUGCUUAUUUUUGAUCUAUUACACAUUUGAGUUUGACAUGAUUAUGCACACACAAUCAUCUGUGUAAUAAGUACAACACAAGAUUUACUUUGGCUUUCAUUUGUCCUGAAUUCUUUACUUUAAGAAUGUCUGAUCUUUAACUUUUGGUAGACUGGUUAUAAGUUAUUUCACUAUGAAAUCAUGUGGCAAAUAGUAUAGCAUAAGUGGUGAAUAUGCUGUAGUGUUUUUUUGACAGUUGGGUAAACAUUUCUUUGGUUGGAAUGGAGAUUGAACUUUUAAGCAGGUUUGAAAAAGGUAAAGUAUUGCAUAUUAAUAAUUGCAUUAUUCUUGAUAGUGUGUUGUGAGUCAGAAUUGUCUUUGAGAAGUGUGAAUCAGUGUGUACGCUGUAUUCCCUGAUCUUGGUAUUUGUGCUCAACUAUCCUGGUUUUUGUUCCUACCGCUUUGAUUGAAUAGGCUGUAAACUAGAAAACUGGAAAUAAAUGGAUGCAUUCAGCUAAAUUCUAAGGUCUGCUCUUGUAGCAAAUAUCUGCAGUCUAAAUCAAUGAGUUUAACAGUUUAGUUUAUGGUUAUAACCCCCACAUUUGAUAAUUUCACUACUUAAAGUAUUACUCAUUUUGUAAGAUGUGUGCCUGUGCAUAAACGUUUGAGGAGUGAACAUGCCUGCUUGUGUGAACACAUUCUUACUACCUGAUGAUCAGAAUACCUGCUGAGUGAUGCCAUAUCUGACAAUCUCAAAUCAGUGGCCAAUCCAGCCAGGAUAUAAUCCAACGCGAAUAAUUAAAUGCUCAAAUGGGAGGAACACCAGUACACAAAAUAUGCUGUCAUAACCAGGGUUGAAAAACUGCUUCAUGUUAGGUUAAAUUUGCUUAGCUAGGGACUCUUCUGUUCUUGGUAAAACAUUGAUUUUAUGCAUUUGUUGUGUGCAAAUGGAUGAAUGGAAGAGGGAUUAAAUGAAUAUGCAAAAUGUUUGUAGUGACAGUCCUAAUGAGUCUGUCCUACUUAUUAUUCAGUUGUACUUUACUGAAUGUCUUGGCUCAAGCAAUAUCACAGUCUUGAUUGCAACCAUUGUUUAUUUCAGUUCAAAUGAAUUGCUUAUUCAUGGCAAUGCAUAGUAUUUUUUUUACUGACAAAAGUUAUGGUUGAUUUAAGAUUUUAACAAUUAUAGGAAUGUGUCUUCAUUUUGGCCUGCAAUGCUUGCUUGUACAUAACAAGAAUUAGCACGUAUUUCAGUGUAUUAUUUGUGAUGUUAUUGACCGUUGUGAUCAGUUGUUUCUGUAAGAGCCACUUUGUACGAGCAUGUAUCAUUCUAUGUAACUUUAAUUGUAAACCAAAUGGGGAAAAUGUUUGCCUUCUAUUGUUUUGUAAAACCCAAAAUCACUUACUCAAAUGUACUUUAGAAUCUGAUACUAAUGUCCAUCUAAUGUAUGUAAUGAUUACAUGUCCUUGUUUUAUAUAAAGGCUCUGUUCAGCCCAACACCACAUGUGCCCCAUUUCUUGGGUAGAAGUAAAAACAUUGAUGCGUAUUCUAAAUAUAUAUAAAUGAACAAGUAACUUCAUGAAAAUAUCUUCAGCAGCCACUUCUCUCUUUCUGCCAGUUAAGGUUCAGAAUUUCAAUCUGCAAUGCUGAUCGUGUAGAUUUUGAUGGUGCAGGGUCUCAGAGGAAAGUGAUAUAUAGAAGUGUAUUUAUAGCCCAAAUAAUAAUAUGUAAUGGGACAUGCUUUAAAGUGGAUGUUUAUUAAAUAUCCUUCUGCAGUAUAAUUUUAACAGGUACGUUUAUCUCUAUUUCACUUGUAGAAAUGGCUGGGAGUGGCGUGGAUCCCAGGGAAGUGAUUAACGGAGUGGAGAAUUUGCUGGGAAAAGAUGGAGAGCUUCGCAGCCCUGAAGCAGUUACAAAGAUUGUCAGUCUAAUGAAAGCCUCCCACAAGAUGGUGAGCAGAUGCAUCUACCUAAAUAUUUUACUCCAGACCAAAUCUCAUGACAUAUUAAACAGAUUUAUCAGAGUGGGGGGAUACAAGCUGCUAAAUGCCUGGUUGACCUACUCCAAAACCACUAACAACACUCCCUUGCUGCAAUUAAUUCUCCUCACUCUGCAGAAAUUGCCCCUCACGGUUGACCACCUCAAACAGAACAACACAGCCAAACUAGUCAAACAGCUGAGCAAGAGUGGAGAGACUGAAGAAUUGAGGAAGCUGGCAGGCGUGCUUGUCGAGGGCUGGAUGGCCAUCAUUCGCUCUCAGGGUGUGUCAACAACCAGUGGAGCCUCCCCAUCAGACAAGAAACGAAAGAAAGAGGAAGGUAAAGUCCGAAGCGGAGAGGUGAAGAAAGGUGGAGAUGGAGUGAAGGUGGCACAGGAGGAGAAGAAGAAAGAGAAGCCCAAAGCCCACGCCCCCAGCCAUGCCAAGUUCCGAUCGACAGGCCUAGAAGUGGACACCCCCAGUCCUCUUCCUGCUAAAAAACCCCCAACCGCCCCCCAGCUUGGAGACAAAUACAAUAUCAAACCUGCUGUUCUCAAGAGGCCCAGCCCCUCUCUGUCAGAUUUACCUGUGGAGAAGAAAUACAAACCACUCAACACCACACCUAAUUCCACUAAGGAGAUAAAAGUCAAGAUUAUCCCAGCACAGCCAAUGGAGUGCACUGGGUUCUUGGAUGCUCUUAACUCUGCUCCAGUUCCUGGGAUCAAGAUUAAGAAGAAGAAGAAGGCUGUGUCUCCAACAUCAAAUAAGCCCUGCCCAUUUGACAGCAAGCCUGUACCCUACCCUGCCCCUCAGAGUAAACCCUUAUCCCCUGAGCCCCCUGCCACUCAGAGUCCCCCUCAUGAGGCCCCCGACCUGGAGCAGCCAGGCACGCCUGUGCCCAGUGAGGAAACUGAGGUCAUGGAUACAGGGGAGAGACCCAACGCUCUCUCGGAACCACGUGGAGAGGAGGAGAGCCUACUCACAAAGAGCGGGAAGAAGAAGAAGAGCGUUCGCUGGGCAGAGGAGGCGCAGCUGAAAGAGUAUUUCUUCUUUGACCUUGAUGAGACUGAGAGAGUCAACGUCAAUAAGAUCAAAGACUUUGGCGAAGCUGCCCGGCGUGAGCUGAUGAUGGACCGGCAGGCCUUCGAGACGGCACGGCGGCAUUCCCACGAUGCCAUGGAGGAGAGCACGGCCUGGACCCCGCCUCGGCCCCUGACCAUGGUCACCAGCCUGGUCAUCUCAGGGGCCAACAGCAGCGAGAAGCACACGCAGAGGGACAGGGAGCUGGGCAUCCUGCAGGAGAUCUUCCUCAGCAAGGACAGUGUGCCAGACACCCCUCAUGAGCCAGAACCAGAGCCUUAUGAGCCUGUGCCCCCGAGACUCAUACCCAUCGAUGAGGACUGCACUUCAGUAGACGAGAGCUUCCAGGAGCCCCUGGACGCCCCUGCCCUGGCUGGCUCCUCUUCCGGCCCCCCUGAGGGCUCCAAGCUGCCCCCUGUCCUGGCCAACCUGAUGGGCAGCAUGGGGAGCAGUGGCCGCAGCCCCCAGGCUCAGGGCCCCUCAGUCAAUGUGCAGGAGCUGCUGACCUCCAUCAUGGGGGCUCAAGGCGGCCACUCGGCUGAGGACCUGAUAAAGCAGCCCAACUUCUCCGACCAGAUCAAACAGCUGCUGGGGUCCCUGCAGCAGGGCCAGCCCCAGAACCCGCCCUCCGGACCACCUCCGGGAGCAGGCCCAGUGAACCCUGGCUUACUUGGCCACGGCCCCGGAAUGAACAUGAACAUGAAUAUGAACAUGAACAUGAACAUGAACAUGGCGAUGCCCAUGAACGGCGGGUAUCUGCCCAACAACCCCCCCUCCGGCCCCCACUUCCCCCACCCGCCCCCGCCCCACGGCCACGCCCCGCCCUUCCCUGUCGCAGGCGGGCCCCGGAUGAUGGGCCCGCCCCCAGGCCAGCCCAGAGGAGGCGACGGAGGAGGUUACUGGGGGGAGGAGCCCAUGAGGGGAGGCCCACACCGAGGCGGAGGAGGCCACUUCCACCGCGGCAGGGGAGGGCGAGGAGGCCGGGGGGGGCGAGGGGGCGGGGGACCCCCCCCCAGGGGAGGAGACAUGUCGAGUCGGCCGGUGUGUCGGCACUUCAAAGUGAAGGGAAACUGUCGAUACGAGAACAACUGUGCUUUUUACCACCCUGGCGUGAAUGGACCGCCUUUGCCCUAAUUCCCCUGAAAGACAGGAUGACUGAAUUAUGAAGCUGGAUUCACCACUACGUCGCCCGCUUCAGGGCGGGAAAGCACUCUUCACUAGCUCUGCUCUCCAGGCAUUUCUGUGGUUUUUUUGUAUUUUUUUAUUUUAUUUUAUAUUUUAUGGGAAUGCUGGAGUAUCAAACUAAAAAAGAAAACCCAGCUUACUUAAGACUUGUGUGGAGCAUAUGUUUGUGAUUAAUAAGGAGACAGAUGGACGGUGAAGGUUAGUUUGCUCUCUCCUCCUGUCCUUUUGCCCUGGUGACUUUAUCGCAUUGCUGUAAAUAUUACGUACUUCUUGAAUCAAACACUAGGUGGCGAUAUCUUCAAGACUAUCCUUCUGGUUCGUUGGCAGUGCCCUCUCACCUCUGGGACAGUUUUGUGUCCCUUUUUUUCCAUUUUUGGUCACUGCCACUAAGCAGUCAUUUGAUUUUGCUUGAUUAUAUUUCUCAUGUUUUCAUUUUGUUUUUGGUUUUUUCAACAAGGUAAUGACACUAAAAUGUAUAAUAUGAAACGCUCAGUUACAUUUAGUGAAUGAGAGCCUGCAGGUGCAUCUACCAUAUAGGACAUAAAUCAGUGCAAAGAGCACAUUGUUCCACUGCAGUAUAUUGCAGUGCGAUGAACAAAGACUGAACAGCACUGAACAGCAUAAGGGGCCCUGGCCCAUUAUGGUUUCUGUCUCUGAGCACAAGGAAAUGCACUUUGAUUUUAACUGUGGUUCUUCAGUUUGCUAAGCUCCAGGCAGAUGAGUAAGCCCUUUUAUCUCCAAAAGAAAAAAAAAAGUUUUAUUUGUUUAAAAAUAAGAUUCGACCUGACUCAUCAACAGUGGUUCUGCUGUGCCUGUUAUUCAAUUUACACGUGGUAUUUCAUUUCAUGAAAUGUUUCCUGCCCUGGAAAGUGGCAUUAACAUGUUCUACAACAGUUCUGUUACGGACAGUUGAAUGAGGUCGUUUUGCACAUUUAGUCCAUGGUUUAUUGAGACAAACCCCGCCCAAAAAAGAAGCCUGUCCUCUAAGAAGUUGUGUUCCAUAGACUGGAAAGUAUUGUUCAAAAGACAUUAGCAUAGGAGCAGAACUGAGCUAUAGACUAAUGAGUUCUUGUUGUAGACCAAAGCUAACACUCCCAGAAUUUAUUCCCAAUUUGUAAUAUUAGACUGCUAAAAGGCUGGCCUGGGCAGAUAGUGGUUAAUAGCCUGUACGUCUGUUUGCCUGGUAUAGAGUAUUUUGUAUUAAUUUUUAAGGAGCAUACUAUUGUGAAUAUACCCCAAAUCAUUCUUUUACAUCAUAGACACUAUGUGGUUUUAAAUGCUAACUUUUAAUCUUGGGUUUACGUGCUCUCAGUGUUAUAUGAGCCAGGUGACACACGGUUCUCUGGGAAACAAAGUGUUUUCUGUGAAAACAUUGGCCUUCAUGUCUCUUGUGGGACUGCAACAAUGGCUUUUUUUUUUUUUUUUUAAGAACGGCUUCUCAUUAAUUUUCCAGACAAGCUUGUAUGGCAGUGUUAUUUGUGCGUAUGUGGCUACAUAAAAGCAUAUGCACACAUUCAUAUGCAUUUCCAUUAUUUCAAUGUAUAUAUUUUGUACAUGCAUUAAUAAAUGUGGAGAAACUAAA